ACUACCGCGACCUCGGCGACUGCGAGUUCCAGUACGACGCGGUUUACGGCCUCGGACGUUUCGAGCUCUACCAUGUCCUCAACCAUUGCGAGUUCCAGCACGACGCGGUCCACCACCUCGAAGACCUCGAGCAGUACUAAAUCCUCGACGACUGCGAGUCCCAGCAGGCCGCGGUCUUCGACCUCGAAGACUUCGAGCACUACCGCGACCUCGGCGACUGCGAUUCCAGUACGACGCGGUUUACGGCCUCGGACGUUUCGAGCUCUACCGUGUCCUCAACAAUUGCGAGUUCCAGCACGACGCGGUCCACGACCUCGAAGACUUCGAGCACUACCGCGACCUCGGCGACUGCCAGUUCCAGCACGACGCGGUCCACCACCUCGAAGACCUCGAGCAGUACUAAAUCCUCGACGACUGCGAGUUCUGCCACAACGGGGUCCUCGCCGACACUGCCAGCGCCUACGCCAGCGCCCACGCCAUUGUCUACGCUGGCGCCAACGCCAGCGCCUACACUAGCACCGACGCUGGCCUCAACGCUGGCACCAACGCCGUCACCAACUCCAGCGCCUACACAAGCACCGACGUCAGCUCCAACGCCAGCGCUCAGCUCGACCUCUUUGUCUUCAUCAUCCGUGACUUCCACCUUUCAUACUACCACAUCGCCGACCACGGCCUCUACGUCUUCCACUCUUGUGACCACGACGACACAGACCCUCACGAGUACAACUCCUACGUCAACCACUGAAUCCACCCCUACGGAGCCUGUUGGGUUCUGCACUACUUGCGGCCUGCACCCGCUGCAGAAUUGCGAAUUUCUCGGUGCGGGAGAGACGUGCGUCGGCAUCCCUAUGGAGACGCAGUGCGUCAGCCAGGAUUUCCCCGUGCUCACGUGCCCUAGCGGAACGAGUCAAGAACAGGCGCCGGAGUUGUCGUCGGGCAGCUACCCCGAGGUGUUGUGCAGAGUGUGCGGCACUCCAGUCCUCACUGUCGACUCGGCCCCCCAGGCCUUUGUGUACACGGGCAAGCUCACGUUUGGCCAGAACCAGCUCAGAGGAUCAGUGACCGAGUCGAUGGUGAUCGGGUACGAGCUGUACUGGACGUACGGAGAUGGCGCGAAGGCAGAUCUCAUUGCCUACGUGAACGUGGACGCCUAUGCCCCCACAACCACCGACGGUUGCUGCGUCGAGGACCAUUACACCGUAGAGCUGAAUAGCGUCGACAUCCGCGGGACCCACGUUAUGAUUGUUCUGGUUGUGGAGGGUCUGGCAAAUACAAGUGUAAGCAGUUAUUCGUUGCCCCAAGGGGUCGAGGUGGGUCUGCUGUCUUUGGACGAUGACAGCGAAUGCCCGCCGAUGGCCGCGUACCUCUACCCUGCGGAUCCCAUCGGUGAGUGCACUGCUACAGUCAAGUCUACCGCCAUUGCGACUUCGACGGCCACUGCCGACACCUCGGCUGCCGACGCCUCGACCAGCACUUCGCCAACGAGUACUUCGGUGAGUACAACUACCAACAACUCGGCGUCCUCCGUCACUGGGUCGUCCACGACUGAGCCAGCAGCGACGAUAACAUUGACAAUUGCUACGAUCCUCAUUCACACGAUUACGACCACUGGCGGAAGCGGCGCUGCCACGUCGAUCGCUCGCGCCGCUGCCGCUGCCGCAACGACCACUACCAAAACCACCACUCUCACGUCGACCACUGCCACGUCGACUUUUGGCGGAACUACCACCACUCUCACGUCGACCACUGCCACAUCGACCACUGGCGGAGCCACCACUACUCUCACGUCGACCACUCCCACAUCGACCACUGGCGGAACUGAAGCUGCCAGGUCGAUCACCCUUACCAGCACCACUGCCACGUCGACGGCUGCUGACUCGCCCGCCACAGUCAUGGGGUGCGAUGUAUGUGCCAUGACCUUCUUCACUGGUUGCACUUUCGCUGCCAGCGACGUCCCUGGAAAGAUCAUGCCUGGGGUACCUUGCACGCAGACCUUCGACCCGAUGGCGACAGACAUGUCCGACAAGUUCUACGUGGAGGCCAGCCCGUGCGUCGAGUACGCGGGCAGCCUGUCGAUGACAUGCCCGGCCGGCAACAGUGUGGCCGACCGCGCCGCGGUGUGGGAGACCGUGGACGGCAACCCGCAGUGGUACAGCCUGCAUCAGGCGCUCCCGCAAGUUGUUUGCCAGGUCUGCGACAUGGUCCUCGGCAUGGACACAGACAUGGCGGAGAACUCUGUGACAUUUGAGCUCACGUUUGGCCCGAACAUGAUCCAUGGCGAGAUCAAUCAGAUUGACGUCCAGGGGUACGAGGUGUAUUGGGUCGGCGCGGAUGGCGUCAUCAUCGACAGCACGCCCACGGGGAUCGCCUUGAAGCCGAGCGACGAUUCGGAGAACGUGAAAGCCAGUUGUGGCUGCGAUGCCUCCAAGUACUCCAUUUCGUUCGUGAGCGUGCCAGUUCCAACUGGCGCGGAGGGCCUUAUGGUGGCGCCGGUGGACAGUAACGGCUACACCAUGCCCGUGGGCCGAGUGGCCAGUGUUUCUGACACGUUCGCGAGGAGCACUGUCACAACAGUUUCGCAAGCCACAGCCGUUGUCACGGCGGUCACCACUUCUGGUACCACAGCCACAGCCAUCGCCGGUCCCACGGCGACGACAACGACUGUCCCGACGGUGACGGUGACCACCACCGUAUUGGCAUUGCCGCCAACAGUGAAUUCGCAGGCUCCGGGCUCCGCGCAGCUGUCGGUGGCCGCGGUGGCCUUCCUGGUCGCCGCGGGCACCUCUUCUGCCCAGGCGUGACGGCUGCUCAAAGUCGCGCGGCAGCCACCGGUUCCACAUUUCAAUCCCCUGGGUUUCCUCAGAGCGUGAAUUACCUACCCCGCUUUCGCUUCCAGGCAGAACCAAGUCGUACCUUGCGCCUCCUCGUCAAGCGGCCUGACCAGCACAGGCCGUGGUUUGGCAUCGUUUGGUAUCUCUUGGAAACGAG